GUCGCACCCACCGCCGCCAGUUCGGACCACGCCGUCAAAAUGCAGCAGAUCAUCGGUACCGCGCGAAUAGCUGCCGGAAACGGCGACACGACACUUGCGCUCGCGAGCUUGGACAAGCUUCAAGCCCAGCUCGACGCCUGGCGUGCCGCCAUCGCGGAAGCCGCCGCCGCUGCCGCCGCCGUGCCGGCUGCGGAGGCUGCAGUGCCAGAGCCGCCAGCUGAGGAGACGGCCUUCUCGAUGAAUGUGACGUAUGUGCCCGACAAGUGCCGCCGCAAGUCGGUGGAGGGGUCGGUCAUGCGCGUCCACUACGUCGGCAAGGUGGUGGCCACGAACAAGGCCUUCGCCUCCUCCUUCCACACCGGGUCGCAGCCCUUCCGCUUCGUCCUCGGCUCCGACGAGGCGCCCGUCGCCGGGUGGAACGAGGGCCUGGUGGGCAUGUGCGAGGGCGAACGGCGGCGCUUGAUGGUGCCGCAUCGGCUCGCAUACGGCGCCCAGGGCACCAAGGGCGUGCCCCCGUACGCGGACCUGCAGUAUGACUUCGAGCUGGUCGAGGUGAGCAGCCCGAAGCUGCCGCCGAAGAAGAAGAAGAAGACGCGCAAGGGCGGCGCGGAGGACAAGGGCGAGCUACGGUAGGAGGCGGUAGGGGCCACGAACCUAGUCUACGGACUCUGUGUACUGUGAGGACACGCGGUGUGUGGC